GUUAACAGUAUGAAGUGUGAACUCAUAUCUUCGAAGAGAUUGAGACAGAGUUUAGAAAAUCUCUUACAAAUCUAGUUUCUACAACCUCAACUAACAUUGUCCAAAUCUGUCUCUAUCCUCUGUUUUAUUUUUUUCUUCCGGUGGUACAAAAAUUCACAAUGAACUGUAUUUAUCACAAUUAAUGACCGAUUGCUUCUUCACCUACUCUCUCUCUCUCUCUCUCUCUCUUUGGAAGUAACCAAACAAGCCUAUAUGCUGCUGAUCCCAUCUAGGGGCCAAGCCUCUCUUCUUUAAAAACUUUUGACUUCCAUUUUCUUGAGAAUUCCCCUUUCUGGGUUCUUGAUUUGGAAAGAUGGGUAACAAGAUAAUCUCAAUGAUGAAGAAAGAUAGCAAAGAUGGAGGAGGAGGAGGAUCUAAGAGCAAGAGAAUGAAUCGGUCUCAGAGGAAAUUACUUGCUGAUGAAGAGAUGUUGCAUCGUCGAGCUCUUUCCAUGGCGAUUCAUCAAGCUCAGCUUUCUCAGAGAUUUGAUGGAUCUAUGUCUAGACGGGUCGGGUCUACUAGUACUAGGAAACGUACUCUCUCUGACCCGUUUUCUAAUGGCAAGCAGGUACCUGAUUUUUCAGAGAGCUUGAUAGUGAAGAAAUUUGUUCUGGUGCACGGUGAAGGAUUUGGGGCAUGGUGUUGGUACAAAAUGGUUGCUUCAUUGGAAGAGUCAGGACUGUCUCCUGUUACAGUUGACCUCACUGGGUGUGGAUUUAAUAUGACUGACACAAAUACUGUCUCUACCUUGGAGGAAUAUUCAAAACCGUUGAUCGAUCUCCUCGAAAAUCUCCCCGAAGAAGAGAAGGUUAUUCUAGUGGGUCACAGUACUGGAGGUGCUUCCAUUUCAUAUGCGUUAGAGAGGUUUCCAGAGAAAAUCUCUAAAGCUAUAUUCGUAUGUGCAACAAUGGUUUCUGAUGGCCAAAGACCUUUUGAUGUUUUCUCUGAAGAGCUUGGUUCCGCAGAGCGGUUCAUGAAAGAGUCGCAGUUCUUGAUUUAUGGGAACGGUAAAGACAAGCCUCCUACGGGGUUCAUGUUUGAGAAGCCACAUAUGAAAGGCUUGUAUUUCAAUCAAUCACCCAACAAGGAUAUAGCAUUGGCGAUGAUCUCAAUGAGACCUGUACCACUCGGACCAAUGAUGGAGAAAGUAUCUCUAACCGCAGAAAGAUAUGGGAAAGGGAGAAGAUUCUACGUCCAGACGCUAGAUGACCGUGCACUUUCACCAGAUGUUCAAGAGAAGUUAGUGAGAGAGAACAGCCCUGAAGGAGUCUUCAAGAUCAAAGGAAGUGAUCAUUGCCCUUUCUUCUCAAAGCCUCAAUCUCUCCACAAAAUCCUUCUGGAGAUUGCACAGAUUCCUUAACAAAGCUCUGAGAUUAUUAUACUUUUGAAAACGAGAAUACACUUUCCAUUUAAUCCUCAAAACAUCUUUUGUAUGCAAUUCUAGAAUCAAUGAUACAAGAUCGUAUUUAUACCAUUUGAAGAUAAAAGUGAUUGAAU